AUCGACGUGGCCAGAAGCAACUCAGUCGCUCCAAGUCGAGUCUCUCAGAAAUUCAUUAAAGCUCCUCCGGAACACUUCAAGACUAUCCACCAAACCGAUCAUGUGUGACGAAGAAGUUGCUGCUCUUGUCGUUGACAAUGGUUCUGGCAUGUGCAAGGCUGGCUUUGCUGGUGAUGAUGCUCCCCGUGCCGUCUUCCCAUCCAUCGUAGGCCGACCUCGUCAUCAGGGCGUGAUGGUGGGCAUGGGACAGAAGGACUCCUACGUGGGCGAUGAGGCUCAGAGCAAGAGAGGUAUCCUCACCCUGAAGUACCCCAUUGAACAUGGAAUCAUCACAAACUGGGAUGACAUGGAAAAGAUCUGGCACCAUACCUUUUACAAUGAACUCCGUGUAGCACCUGAAGAGCACCCUGUCCUGCUCACCGAAGCCCCUCUCAAUCCCAAAGCCAAUCGGGAGAAGAUGACUCAGAUCAUGUUUGAAACCUUCAACUCCCCUGCCAUGUACGUAGCCAUUCAAGCUGUGCUUUCCCUAUAUGCUUCUGGUCGCACAACGGGUAUUGUCUUGGAUUCUGGAGAUGGUGUCUCCCACACUGUACCUAUCUAUGAAGGUUAUGCUCUGCCACAUGCCAUUCUUCGUCUUGAUCUUGCUGGUCGAGAUCUAACUGACUACCUCAUGAAAAUCCUCACGGAACGUGGAUACUCCUUCACAACAACAGCUGAAAGGGAAAUCGUGAGGGACAUCAAGGAGAAGCUCUGCUACGUGGCUCUCGACUUUGAGCAGGAAAUGGCCACAGCAGCUGCUUCGACAUCUCUGGAGAAGUCAUAUGAGCUUCCUGACGGACAGGUGAUCACUAUUGGAAAUGAGAGAUUCCGUUGCCCUGAAGCUCUAUUCCAGCCAUCCUUCUUGGGCAUGGAAUCCUGCGGUAUCCAUGAAACUGUCUACAACUCCAUCAUGAAAUGCGACGUGGACAUUCGUAAAGAUCUCUACGCCAACACUGUCAUGUCCGGUGGUACCACAAUGUAUCCAGGUAUUGCUGAUCGCAUGCAGAAGGAGAUCACCUCCCUGGCUCCAUCAACAAUCAAGAUUAAAAUCAUUGCUCCACCUGAGAGGAAAUACUCUGUCUGGAUCGGUGGCUCCAUCCUUGCUUCCCUGUCUACCUUCCAGCAAAUGUGGAUUUCCAAAGAGGAAUAUGAUGAAUCUGGUCCUGGAAUUGUCCACAGGAAAUGCUUCUAAACUGCCAUAUAAUUCAUUAAAAUUUAAAGUAUUUCUUUUGCUACGUUAUAGCACAUAAAAAUCUCCUACAAUUCACGAAGAUCAAUUUAUAGAGGUAUAAAUUCGUAUUAUAAAUUCUUUUAAGAGAUGUAUUAAUAGAUCUUAAAUAAAUAAUUGAAAUUUCUAA